AUGGCCCCGUCGUCGAAACGCGCUCUUCCGUCCAAGGAGGCCACCCUUUUCAGAGAGCUUUUGACUCUCUACGAAACUAGGCAGCUCAAGAAGGGUGUCAAGACUGCCGAUCAAAUACUCAAAAAGUUUCCCGAGCAUGGUGGUGAGGAUCCUUCUCGGUCUGCCAUGGCGCGCGACCUACCAACAACACAUUUCAGAAACCCUGUGUAUGAAAGGCCUGUGCCUAGCGCAAUCAGGCAAGCGCGAAGAAGGCAUUGGCUCGUUAAGAAGGGCAUGCGCUUCGAUCUCACAUCGCAUAUCUGUUGGCAUGUCUUCGGACUUAUUCAGAAGGACGAGAAGAAUUACGAGGAAGCGCUGAAAUCGUACACGCAGGCAUUGCGCUUUGACAAGGAAAACAUCAAUAUUCUGCGGGACUCGGCACAGUUGCAAACCCAGCUACGGAUAUAUGAUGGCUUAGUGGAGACGCGACACACUCUCCUUCGCCUCCGACCAUCUCUCCGGCAGCACUGGAUCGCUCUAGCCGUCGCACACCAUCUCAAUGGUAACUUGAGUAGCGCGAAGAAGAUCCUAGAGCACUAUGAAUACAGUCUAAAGAAUAUACCCGAUUAUGACGUUGAGCAUUCAGAGACCCUCCUCUACCAUGUUCGUAUAUUGGAAGACUUAGGGGAGUAUGCCGAAGGCCUCAGUCUUCUCGACAUCAACUCAAAAUCGCGUGCUAUCGUUGACCGGACGGCCAUAAUGGAAUUCCGUGCUCGUUUACUCUCGAAGCUGCGGGACACAGAUGCGUCGAACGCAUGGCGUGCACUCAUCGACCACAACUCUGAUUGCUACGAAUAUUAUCGUGGGUAUCUUGCGAGCAAAGAUGUUGAUCUUGACAACCCAUCGGAUGAAUCGCGGGCCCAAGCGCUAGCCAUUCUUCAGGAAUUUGCCUCGCAGCUACCGAAGGCCGCCACUCCGCGUAGAAUGGCCCUUUCGUUUGCAACCGGUGAACAAUUCUCUGAUCUGAUUCAGCAAUAUCUAAGGUCUGGCCUUACGAAAGGCGUCCCUUCGCUGUUUGCCGACAUCAAAGGCCUGUAUACUGAACCGCAAAAAUAUAAAGCCAUUCAAGAGGCAGCAGAGGCCAUUUUACAGGAGAAUACCCCCCCAGAAGGCCAAUGUAGUCACGGCGAACCCACUACUUAUCUAUGGACGUUAUGCUUCCUCGCACAGCACUACUCCUAUGUACCUCGAGCCACCCCCUCACAGCCCCUCCCGUCUCCUGACUUCGAACGCGCCCUAGCCUUGCUUUCUACGGCUAUAGCACAUACCCCUACGUUACCCGAACUAUAUACUCUACGAGCGCGAGUGCUAAAGCGCGCCGGCGAUCCCUUGGGCGCUGCUGCGGCCAUGAACGAAGCACGACUGCUAGACGGGCAAGACCGUUUUCUGAAUACCAAAUGCGCCAAGUACCAUCUUCGUGCUGGGAUGAUUGACGAAGCAAUCCAAUUCUUCGGCAUGUUUACCAAGAAAGACGCCGCUAACCCUGGCGCAGACCUCGAGGAGAUGCAGUCAACACUGUACUUGAUCGAAGCCGGAGAUGCGGAAUAUAGACUAGGCAAACUGCACUUGGCACUGAAGCGAUAUGUGGCCGUGGACAAGAUAUUCCACGAGAUGGAAGACGAUCAAUACGAUUUCCACGGUUAUUCGUUGCGCAAAUUCAACCUCAAUAUCUAUCUCAACCUUCUUGCUUGGGAAGAUCGCCUGCGUUCCCACCCGGCCUACGUCACCGCUGCACUGCAAGCCUCCCGAAUAUUUGUCAAAGUCCACGAUGACCCGUCGCUCAUCACCGCCGCCUCGUCCUCUGUGCGGCUUUCAGACGCAGAGAAGAAAGCGCGCAAGAAAGCCAAGAAGGCGGCGUCAAAGGCCCACGACGACAAGAAGCCAGCAACGGCCUCCACCGCCGACGACACUGUCGAAAACACGCCAGCCAAAGACGACGAUCCGGAUGGCGUCAAACUGCUCGGCGCAGCAGACGGUCUCGAUCGUGCGGCGAAGCUCUUGCAGCCCCUGGAGUCCCUUGCAGCAAGCAAUAUCGACGCUUGGUUGGUGAUAUACGAUGUCGCUGUCAGACGAAAAAAAUACCUCCAAGCCAUAAAGGCGCUGAAACACGCUCAGUCGCUCGAUUCGGAGCACGCGGAACUGCAUACGCGACUUGUUGAUUUCAAAAAGCGAGCGUCGGCCUUCCCUCAAGUACCUCCAGCACCCAUAGGACCGUUGGUGACGACAUCCCUUGCAACUCUGCUGCCCGAGGAAGUUUCUCUAGAAACAUACAACUCGCUGUAUCUGCAACGACACUCGGGUUGUGCACCGGCGGUUCUUGCUGCUGCACGGGUAUUACAUUCGCUUGGUUCGGCUAUCGAUGAGGUCGAUGCUACGCUAUUUACGACGUUGGCCGACGACGCGCAGCUGGACAUCGUGACCGCGUCGAAGAUCCUCGAUUUCUUGAAGGCAAUCAAGUCGAGUCGUGUGGAAGAGUAUAGACUAACUUGCGUUUCCCGUUUUCCUUUGUCGACGGUGUUCAUGACGCAGUCGGAGCUGAGCCAAAAGCAGAAACAAACUGCAGAGGGUACUACUGCUCUUGUCGAAGCAGAGAAGUUGGAGGUUGUUCCCUGA